AAUAUGAUUUUACAGUUUAUGGCCCAUAUUUGUGGUUUGCCCGGAGCUCAAGAAACGAUCUCUUUCUUCUUCUUCUCGUCGUCGUUUGUCACUUUAGAGCUACUUCUUCUUCUUCUCUGCUAAGCCUUUCCUCUCGACUUGAUACUUUUCUCCAGUAAGGGUUCUUAUACAGACACCAAUGUAUCUCGUGCUAGAUCUGAUUUGAAGUUAUGAGAGAAAAACUCUUUGAUUGACAUCUGAUUUUGGUUUAUCUCCUUCUGGAUCAGCUUAUUUUUAUUGUAGCUUCUCUGAUUUUCGAUGGGUACUUAUAUUUUUUUUUUCAAUUUGGGAUUUUUCAUGAUUCUGUAGGGUUUGCAAAGAUGAAGCUUGAUACUAGUGGGUUCGAGACUUCCAUGCCUAUGAUUGGAUUUGGCUCGAGCAGUGAUAUGCUUGAUGAGCUUUCUUCUGUACCCUCGUUUGAUCUACCCCGUACUAAAGAGUUUGAUGGAUUUCAGAAAAAAGCUAAAGACAUGUUGAAGCAUGCAAAAGGAACAACCACUCUCGCUUUUAUCUUCAAAGGUGGUGUUAUGGUCGCUGCUGAUUCUCGGGCUAGCAUGGGAGGAUAUAUCUCUGUGAGCUCUCUUAAGAAUUCCUCCAAAAAUAUGCAUCCUUUCGAUAUAGUUGACUUUGGUAGAAACACUACCUCACAAUCUGUGAAGAAGAUUAUUGAAAUCAAUCCUUAUAUGCUCGGUACAAUGGCUGGAGGAGCUGCUGAUUGCCAAUUCUGGCACAGAAAUCUUGGAAUUAAGUGCCGUCUACAUGAGCUGGCAAACAAGAGGAGAAUCUCUGUUUCCGGAGCUUCGAAACUUCUUGCCAACAUGCUCUAUUCAUACCGUGGAAUGGGACUUUCUGUUGGUACAAUGAUUGCUGGAUGGGACGAAACUGGUCCCGGACUAUACUAUGUCGACAACGAAGGAGGACGGCUCAAGGGAGACAGGUUUUCAGUCGGUUCUGGUUCACCAUAUGCUUACGGUGUGCUGGACAGCGGGUACAAAUAUGAUAUGUCAGUUGAAGAAGCUUCCGAGUUAGCAAGGAGAUCAAUCUACCAUGCGACAUUCCGUGAUGGAGCCAGUGGUGGAGUUGCUAGCGUGUACCACGUUGGUCCCGAAGGAUGGACGAAACUAUCAGGAGAUGAUGUUGGGGAGCUACACUACCAUUACUACCCCGUGGCACCAGCUACCGCAGAACAAGUCAUGGAGGAAGCAACAGCCGAAUAAAAAUCCUGUUUAGUUUUCUAAUCGUUCACUCCCUUUCUUGUUGUUGCAUUUUGUGGUAGUAUAUACUGAGUUGUCUCUAGCUGAAGCUUUGGUAUUCUAUUUUACUGAUCUGAAAUGUUGCUCGCGGAUUAUUCUCUAUAAGAUUCUCUUUUUCUGCAAUCACAUUCUUCUCUUACUCGGUGUUUUAAAUUCCAAUAUAGGGAAUUGUGAUUG